AUGUCCACGGCAUCUCCGGCGACGGCUCCUCGUCUCCGGAUCCUCGCCUUGCUCGCCGCUGCCGUCGUCGCAGCCGUGGCAGCGGCCGGGGACGAUGGCAUGACCCACCUCCACCUCUACGUCCACGAGACCGUCGCCGGCGCCGCCAGCACGGCCUUGCUCGGGGGCAACUCCUCGUUCGGCGGCGUCGGCGCGAUCGACGACGAGCUCCGCGAGGGGCCGGACCCGGCGUCGCAGUUCCUCGGCCGCGCCCAGGGGAUGCUCGUGCAAGCCGACCUGGGGAACCCCGCGGCGUCGUGCGCCAUCCUGAACCUCGCGUUCGAGGAAGGGGACUACGGCGGCGGCACGCUGGUGGUGGACGGCCGCGUCGACCUCGGCGCCGACGGCGAGGACGUGGUGGAGCUCGCCGUGGUGGGCGGCACGGGAAGGUUUCGGCGGGCGAGGGGGUACAGCCUCGUGACCAAGAUCGGGAACCCCACGCCCAGCACCGUCGUCUUCGAGAUGGAUCUUUACGUCAUGAUCAGUGGCUGA